AUGUACGCUGUCUUUUAUAUCGCUGUUACUGCAUUUAUUUCAUCACUGGUUGUUGCUGCUCCGUCUUCCACUGCUCCGCAAGGCCACAUAGAUGAAUUUGUUCGUCGUGAUGCUGAUGCUCCACCGUUUGUGAAGCGAGCUGCCAGCUGCACCUUCCCAAUUCCUCCCAAGACAUCGAGCUUGAGCUCACCAAUUACUGUUACUGGAACGUUCGAUGGUCUACGCGCCAGAAACGUCGUAAUCGGCGCCAACCAGGCUGAAGUUGUUCACUGCCUCGGACCUUGCAACCUGUACAACGUCUGGUUCGAGGACGUGUGCGAGGAUGCCAUCACCAUCAAGCAGACCUCUGGACAGUCCAACAUCAUCGGCGGAGGCGCUAAGAGUGCCAGCAACAAGGUGGUGCAACACAACGGAGGCGGAACUGUGAAGAUAGACUCGUACUGUGUGCAGUCGUUCGGCAAGCUCUAUAGGUCUUGCGGAAAUUGUUCGACCCAAUACAAGCAUACGUCUUAA